GGGGGGUGGGGGGGUGGAGGGGGGGGGGGACGGAGGACGGCAUUCCUCCUCCACCAGCCGGAGACCUGUCUUUUAGGCCACUCUGAAAGCCGCGUGGCUGCAGUCCGUGGAUAACAUGUGCGUCCCCACACGCGUCCAGCCGCGGGGGUUGAGUCACUGACACCAGCGAAAUACGCGCUCUUCUUCACCCAACUGCAAAAGACUCACAGUAGAUUAAUUAGUCAGGAGUUCGGGUCAGUGCUGGUAGGCUUGAGGUGCCGUCUCGGCUGGACCCUCACUGGAGAAUCCACGCUCUUAACUCGUCCUCCACCGGGGAGCUGAACCCACUCGGGGGCUCAAAACUGCACUGUGGCUGAAUAAGUGCUGGGAAUUUUCUGACUCGAGUUCGUGCUGCUCCAGGGAUAAAUGAUCACCUCAACCAGAAGAGUGUCUCCUGAUAAAUCUGAAGUUAGAAUUGCCUUCAGCCUCGAUGACACCCCAGGCGUGAAAGAUGUGGAGGACCUUUCCCAGACCUUCCCGGAUCUUGAUCAGCGUUUACAGCCAGUGCUGCCUUGUGUGUCUCUGAGAGAAAGUGUUCAGGUGUACAAGGAACACUGCAGGAUGGCAAGAGAGUUCCACCAAGUCAAACAUGAGAUUGCUGUGCUUGAGGACCGCAAGCGUAAGUUGCUGGCAGAGCUUGUGGAAGAUGAGAAGGUUGCCAUGGAAAUUGCCCGCUUUGAAGAGGAGUUUAUGCAUUUAACAGAGGAGAAUCGCACUUUGGUGACUGUCCACAACGAGCGCACUCAACAGCUGGAGCAGCUCUGCCUGACCAAUCGACCCAUGCAAGACUCCUCCUGACCUUUGACCUCACCGAAUCUGAGAAUCAUUAGAUAUCCAGCUGACGCCCGGUCAGCAACUUUAUUCUCUUCAGUUUAUGAAUCAGCAAUUAUACAGAGAGGAGUUUAUGUCCGAGUCGUUUGUUGGAAUCACAGAUGCUUUCUCAUCAAAAGCGAGACGUUUCUAUAGUGAUUCUACCAGGCGGUGACACAAUUUAUACUUUUUUUACUUUUAUUUAGUUUUUAUGUGAUCUUUCAGAACCCCCUUGAUCACUUUUGCAGCACCUAACCGUCACACAUUCAAGGGAGUCCUGUUGCCGUAAAUGUUACCACACGUUCUCGUACCUGUUUCAAAUCUUGUGGAAGUACAAUUUUUUUAACCAAAGGUGGUGAAAUGUGGUCCAAAUAUUGUUUUUAGGAAUGUUUGCAAAUCUUUCUCCCUGUCCCAGCACGCAGACGAGGGUUUAAUCUCAUCUGACAAAUGAAAGAAUUUUUGAGGAGCAUGAAAACAUUGAAAGGAGAUGAUGUAUUUCAAUGUGUUUUCUGCGACAAAACACUGAGAGAGUUGUAUAUUUUUUGGAUUAGUCAUUUAUGUGGUUGCGUGGUGUUGUGUGUACCUGUAGAAGGGGUAGUAUAUAACAAAAUAAACCCUGGAUUUUUGUCCUCAUCUGAUAAUAAAAGGCAUUUUAUUUUAAC